CCAGCCCUGAGUGCAUGACGUCACAGUGGUAACCGGUUUUAAGGCUGAGGCCUUUGACAGCUUAGACCAAAGGCAGACUUGGCAGGCGAGAGUGGUUGCAAUGGCCUCUUCGUUCAGAUUUACUGGAGAUUCUUUGGAUUCCUCACAUAGUAAUAUAUCUGACUGUGAUAGUCCUGAAAUUGGAGUAUGUGUACAUGCUACUGCUAUACAGGUAGAACCAUAUCAGUUUGAACCAUCGGAAAGUGAAUCCGAUAGUAACAUGUCGGCCACGGAGGCCCCCACCUUACGAAAUAAAGCCAGAGAACAAAGCCGUCUAGAGCUGGGGUGCCAUGGUAACGGCCCGCAGGCCGGAUACGGCCCGAUUGGUCAUCACAUCCGGCCCGGUGGUUCAUGAGACUUUUUUUUUUAAAUAAUAAAUUAAUAAAAAUCGAAUGUUUUGUGUUUUUUUUUCGUAAUGAUUUUAAAUCUAAUGUUUCAAUUUGAUUCCAUUUUCGUGUAAUCCAUCGGUUCGUUUUUAGCUGCUCUCUGCUUGCUGCAGCACGCGCAGGUGCAAUGACCCGGAUUUAAUGUAGAGUAGGCUAGUUGUUGUUCGUUCACAAGAUGUUGUCUAAAAAGAGAAAAGUUGAUUCUGAGGGUCGCAUCUUUCAGGAAAAAUGGAGAGAGAAAUACUUUUUCUGGGAAGUAGGGGGAAAACCUGUUUGUCUGAUUUGUUCGCAACAAGUGGCUGUACCGAAGGAAUACAAUGUCAAAAGACAUUACGAGACCCACGCCGACAAAUACAGCCAAUUCACCGGGCAACGCAGGACUGAAAAGCUAAAUGAGCUUGCCUCAAACCUUCAAAAACAGCAAGCAGCUUUCUCAAAGUCUCGAGAGACACAUGAAGGGGCAGUGAAGGCGAGCUACAUCAUCGCGUGGGAGAUCGCAAAAGUGUCCAAGCCAUUUUCGGAGGGUGCAUUCGUCAAGACGUGCAUGCUCAAGGCAGCCGACCUAGUGUGUCCAGAAAAGCGACAAGCUUUUGCGAACAUCAGCUUAUCCCGAACUACGGUGACCGAGAGAGUGGAAGAACUCUCCAGCAACUUGAACAGCCUGAGAAGAUUAAGUCCUUCAUCGCGUUCUCCAUUGCUCUCGAUGAGAGCACUGAUGUGGCCCAGUUAGCGAUAUUUAUUCGCGGAGUGGAUGCUUCUUUAAACAUUACUGAGGAGUGCGUUUCCCUUGUGCCUAUGACAGAAACCACUACAGCUAACGACUUGUAUGUUAGCCUUGUCGGGGCCCUUG